CGUACACACAAAUCUUCUUCGGUUUGUUUUGCUUCUGCUCUUGCUUUUUCUUUCUCUUCUCUCCGCUUUGCUUUGUUUGUUUCUUUUUCUUUUUCGUUCUACUCUUUCUCCCUCUCUCCUGUGUGAGGGUUUUGGGAGAGAGGAGAUGAAGGGUAUUGAAGUGGACGACGGAGGAGAUCUGCAUGCAAAUGAUGGAGUUGGGUUGGGAGAUACGGGGGGUUGUGCUGGUGGCACAGACACAACUGGGUUCGAUGCUAUGGAGGACGAGGCAAUGGGUGUUGGUGAUGGGGAGAUCUGGCUUGAUAGGGACCCUGAUGAUCUCCUCGAUGUACACGACAAUUCCAUCUUCUAUGGUGAUUUUCCUCCUCUUCCUGAUUUUCCUUGCAUGUCUUCGUCGUCGUCUUCUUCUUCUGCUCCUGCACCAGUCAAGUCCAUCGCUUGCUCUUCCUCUUCUUCAUCCGCUUCGUCUUCAUCGGCGGCUUCUUGGGCGGUUCUCAAAUCUGAUGCGGAGGAGUACGAGGACAAGAAGAACCACCGCGACCAUCACGAUCCGGUGGAAGUGCCACCUGCUGCGCUGUCAUCCACUGCCUCCAUGGAGAUCCCUCGGGAGGCGCCUGAUCAAGGUUUGGAAGAUGUUGAUUGCAUGAAUGUGAUGGAGAAUUUCGGGUACAUGGAUCUGCUGGAACCAAAUGAUAUCUGGGACCCGUCUUCUCUAUUUCAUAUGGACGAUUCGCAUGACUUUGAAGCUGAGCAGCAGCCUCAACAGGAACAGGAACAGCCAAAGCCACAGCCGGAACUUCCACCGCAGCAGCAAGAUGAAGAGUUUAUGGUGCAGAGAAAUGAUGAAGAGGGUCAGAGGCCUUCGGAAGAUCUAGCCAUGGUGUUCUUCGAGUGGCUCAAGUCCAACAAAGAGUCAAUUUCUCCCGAAGACUUGAGGAACAUCAAACUGAAGCGGGCCACCAUCGAGUGUGCCGCUAAGCGCUUGGGCGGUGGAAAAGAGGGCAUGAAGCAGCUGCUCAAACUCAUCCUCGAGUGGGUGCAAAAUCACCAACUCCAGAAGAAGCGAAUCAGCGAAACACAAAUCUCUCAUUUCCCUUACAAUUAUCAAGACCCCUUCGCAACCCAAAGCCCUAACCCUAACCCUAGCCCUAUCCCCAACAUCAACUGCAAUCCUAUUCCUCCUGAUCCAAACCCUUGUUUCCCUUCCCCUCAUUGGCUUCCACAACCACCGUACAUGACCGAUCCGUCGCCGGUGAUGGCGCCGCCACCUUUUCCUCCGAUGGUUGGGUAUAUGAGCGACCCUUUUGCUAAUGGGCCUUCGAAUAUCAAUAGCCAUCCUUAUCAGUCCACAUCGGAAUAUCACAUUCUGGACUCUACCAACACAUGGCAGCCCUCUCAAUUCUCUUUGCCUUCUCCUUACACCUCAUUUCCAGAGAGUAAUCUUCCUCUUGCUCCUGCUCCUCAGCCUCCGCAGGCUUUUGCAGGUUAUGGGAACCAAUUCACCUAUCAGUAUUUUCCGGGGAAUGGUGAGAGGUUGACGAGGCUUGGUUCUUCAGCAACUAAGGAAGCUAGGAAGAAGAGGAUGGCUAGGCAGAGGCGGGUUUUCUCGCACCAUCAUCGCCAUCAUAAUCACCAUAACCAACAGCAACAAAAUCCAAGCCCUGACCAGCAAACAAGGCCUGCCGGCAAUGAAGGUUGCAACAGUGCAGCUCAAGCCAACCAAGCCAACUGGGUUUUCUGGCCCUCUGCUGGUGCUGCUUCAAACUCGCCGACGGGAGCACCGGAUGCGCCACAACCACCGCCGCCGCCACCACCACCACCACCACCAGCAGUGGAUCGGCAAGCUGGACAAGCCCAAAACAACCCGCGGCAGCUUGCAGCUGAGAGGCGGCAGGGAUGGAAACCUGAGAAGAACUUGAAGUUUCUUCUACAGAAAGUACUGAAGCAAAGCGAUGUGGGUAAUCUUGGAAGAAUAGUGUUGCCAAAAAAAGAGGCAGAGACGCACCUCCCAGAACUGGAAGCAAGAGAUGGGAUUACCAUCCCCAUGGAGGACAUUGGAACUUCUCGCGUCUGGAACAUGCGGUAUAGAUUCUGGCCAAAUAACAAAAGCAGGAUGUAUCUCCUCGAGAACACCGGAGAUUUUGUGAGAUCAAAUGGACUGCAGGAAGGUGAUUUCAUAGUGAUAUACUCAGACGUCAAGUGUGGAAAAUACAUGAUUCGAGGUGUGAAAGUGAGACAAUCUGGUCCGAAAUCUGAGAGCAAGAGGUCGGGAAAAUCACAGAGAAACCAACAAACAGCUUCCCCAGCUGGUAAUGGUUCUACUCCUUCACUCAGCAAACGAACAACCAAGUGAGAGAAGAAGAAACAGCAACAAACCCUUUUUUCCUCUCUGAUGAAAAAGGUGGACAAAUGGGUGGCAAGGAUCACCUGGGGUUUGCUUGCAUUUCAGUCUUUUGUCUGUCUCCUAGUCAACACCUACAU